UCGCUCCCCAAGAUGGCGGCGCGGCGGUGCCGAGGAGCCGGAGCGGGGGCCGCCCGCGGAGCCGAGUGAAGCCGCCGCCCGGGCCCGGGGCACAGCGGGACGAGCGGCGGCGGCUCCGGCCGUGGCCAUGCGGCGGGGCUAGGGGAGAGCGCGCUUCCCCGGGGUUUUAGUAAUGUUAACAGAGGCCAGCCUUUCCAUAUGGGGAUGGGGAAGCCUUGGCGUUGUGCUUUUCCUUGUAACGUUUGGACCCUUUGCUAUCUUUUACUUUGCAUUUUACGUCCUCUGCUUUGUGGGCGGGGGCUUUGUGGUCACUCUCUUGUUUGGAAAAACCAAUUCCGAGAAGUACCUGGAACAGUGUGAGCACUCCUUUCUUCCUCCAACCUCCACGGGGAUUACUAAGUGCUUAGAAGAAAUGAGACGGGAAGCUCGAAUGAUCAAGAUUGAUCGAAGAUUGACAGGUGCCAACAUCAUUGAUGAACCUCUCCAGCAAGUGAUCCAGUUUUCCUUGAGGGAUUACGUCCAGUAUUGGUAUUACACAUUAAGCGAUGAUGAAUCUUUUCUCCUUGAGAUCAGGCAGACGCUCCAGAAUGCGCUCAUUCAGUUUUCUACCAGGUCGAAGGAGAUCGACUGGCAGCCUUAUUUCACUACGCGCAUCGUGGAUGAUUUUGGUACCCAUCUGCGCGUGUUUAGAAAAGCCCAGCAGAAGACCACAGAAAAGGACGAGCAGGCAAAAGGUUCGGCUGAAGACCUCGUAGAGACCUUCUUUGAAGUUGAAGUCGAGAUGGAGAAGGACACUUGUCGCGAUCUGGUCUGCACCUCUCCCAAAGAAGAAGAAGGGUUCCUUAGGGAUCUGUGUGAGGUUUUACUGUAUCUGUUACUACCUCCUGGAGACUUCCAGAACAAGAUCAUGCGAUACUUUGUCAGGGAAAUCCUUGCACGUGGGAUUCUUCUUCCAUUAAUAAACCAACUCAGUGAUCCUGAUUAUAUUAAUCAGUACGUCGUAUGGAUGAUCCGUGAUUCCAAUGGCAACUAUGAGGCCUUUAUGAACAUUAUUAAAUUAAGUGACAACGUGGGCGAGCUCGAAGCAGUCAGGGAAAAGGCUGCUGAGGAAUUGCAGUAUCUCCGAUCCCUGGACACUGCAGGUGAUGACAUCAACACUAUCAAAAAUCAAAUUAAUAGUUUAUUAUUUGUAAAGAAAGUAUGUGACUCCAGAAUACAGAGAUUGCAGUCAGGCAAAGAAAUAGACACUGUGAAACUGGCUGCACACUUUGGGAAACUUUGCACAGUCCCCUUGGACAGCAUUCUUGUAGACAAUGUUGCACUACAGUUUUUCAUGGAUUACAUGCAGCAGACUGGAGGCCAAGCUCAUCUCUUCUUCUGGAUGACGGUAGAGGGGUACCGGGUGACAGCCCAGCAGCAGCUGGAGGUGCUGCUGAGCCGCCAGAAAGAUGGCAGACAUCAGACCAACCAAACAAAAGGCCUCCUGAGAGCCGCCGCUGUUGGGAUUUACGAGCAGUACUUGUCUGAAAAGGCAUCACCAAGAGUUCACAUUGAUGACUACUUGGUAGCCAAGUUGGCGGAUACGCUGAAUCAUGAGGAUCCAACACCUGAGAUUUUUGAUGACAUCCAAAGGAAGGUAUAUGAUCUGAUGCUGAGAGAUGAGAGAUUCUACCCAUCCUUCAAACAGAAUGUUCUCUAUGUACGCAUGCUGGCCGAGCUGGACAUGCUGAAAGAUCCCAGCUUCAGAGGCUCCGACGAUGGCGACGGAGAAUCUUUUAAUAGGUCCCCUACAGGGAGCAUAAAUUUGUCUUUGGAUGACCUUUCAAGUGUAUCUUCUGAUGACUCGGUGCAGCUCCAUGCUUAUAUUUCUGAUACCGUCUGUGCUGACUGUGACCCCUAUGCUGUGGCAGGCGUGUGUAAUGAUCAUGGCAAGACCUAUGCCUUGUACGCCAUCACUGUGCAGCGGCGCGGACCCAACAGCGACGAGAUCUGGAAGACCUAUCGCCGCUACAGUGACUUCCAUGACUUCCACAUGCGGAUCACAGAGCAGUUUGAAAAUCUGUCAAGCAUUUUGAAGCUCCCUGGUAAAAAAACAUUUAACAAUAUGGAUCGAGAUUUUUUAGAAAAGCGAAAAAAAGACCUAAAUGCAUAUUUACAGCUAUUGUUGACCCCUGAAAUGAUGAAAGCAUCCCCUGCCUUGGCUCCCUAUGUGUGUGACUUUCUGGAGAACAAAGCCUACAGCAAAGGGAAAGGGGAUUUUGCUCGUAAGAUGGACACCUUUGUGAAUCCGCUGCGCAAUUCUAUGAGGAAUGUUUCCAACGCGGUUAAAUCUCUUCCUGAUAGCUUGGCGGAGGGCAUGACAAAAAUGUCCGACAACAUGGGCAAAAUGUCAGAGAGAUUAGGACAGGACAUCAAACAAUCCUUUUUCAAGGUGCCUCCUUUAAUUCAGAAGACAGAUUCUGAUCCUGAGCAUUGCCGCGUCUCUGCCCAGCUUGAUGACAAUGUAGAUGAUAACAUUCCUCUUCGAGUCAUGCUGCUCCUCAUGGAUGAAGUCUUUGACUUAAAGGAGAGAAAUCAGUGGCUGCGAAGGAACAUCAAGAACCUUCUCCAGCAGCUCAUCAGAGCCACUUACGGGGACACCAUUAAUAGAAAAAUAGUUGACCAUGUUGACUGGAUGACUUCACCUGAACAAGUUGCUGAUUCGGUCAAACGUUUCAGGGAUGCCUUUUGGCCAAAUGGCAUCUUAGCAGAGACCGUGCCCUGUCGGGACAAGGCUAUCAGGAUGAGGACCAGAGUGGCUGGAAAAACAAAGCUUCUGGAGAUAAUGCCUGAUGAGCUGAAGCACAUCAUAGGGGCUGAGACCACCCGGAAGGGCAUCCUCCGCGUUUUCGAGAUGUUUCAGCACCACCAGCUGAACAAGAGGAUGGUCUACGUGUUUCUGGAGGGCUUCUUGGAAACCCUGUUUCCCCAGUACAAAUUCCAUGACCUCUUCAACAAACUGCAUUCCCGCUCCAGGCAGAUGAGAAAGUACAAGCAGAGACUGCAAACAGCCCAGCCACCCGCCCUGCAGAAGAGGUGACCCCGCGGGCCGGAGCCAGGGUUUACUCGUCUGCCACGAACGCCGGGCAGGGCCUCCGGGGCACCCCCACCGGCCGUGGGCUCUGCCCCAGCCUUGUAGUGUCACAUGUUAGCCUGUUAGUGCAUCCAUGAGACCUGGGCUUCUGCUCAUCUUCACCCAUUGUCCCGCCGGGACCGCCGCAGGCACACAGACGGACGUCGGCACGUCGGAGCGCCGGGGGCAUCUCUUCGCCACGUGCAGAAGGAUGCUGCCCCGGAGAGCGCCAGUCUCGUCAGCCCCAUUCCUUUCUGACCGAAGAAGCCUCGUCCAGCUGCGUGCGCCAGAGAGGUCGUAGGGGAGUGCUCCCCACGCCGAGUGGGCUCCUUGUCUUGGCACUGGGAGAUUGUGCAAUGGGCGGCUUGGGGGGCGGGGGUCUGCUUUGCAUCAGGACUGUCGAGGUCUCGGCCCCCAUUCCUGCGAGGGAGGCAUCGCCCCAUGGGAGCACUUUGGAGCAGCCAUCUCUCGAAAGCAGUGUUAGCAAACACCGCGCUCCCCACAGCACAGACUGACGGUUAAGAAAUCGGAUUCCUUCGCCCGACUUCACUCUACUCUUGUGAUGUGAGAAAUAAAACUGGGUAACAUUAGAAUUCGGCUGUAGUUGUCAUUCAGUGGAACAGCGUCCCUUUUGUGUCUAGGGUGUGCUCUAGGGCCCUCGUUAGCUCUGGCGGCCCACCUGCACAGUGACCUGGUCCCAGUCACAUGCCCAUUUGAUCUGCAGAGGGCCACAAUCCCUCUGACUCCCGUAAGGCCAGCGGUGCAAAGGCCCCCUGCCCCAGGGCGCACGGGAGUGCAGAGUGUUGGAAGAAACACAACACCGCGCACCUUUUGUGCUCUGAAAAGGGAAGCUUGGCAAAAUGUUGUCCUCAUUUGAAUCGAUUUGAUUUUCACUUCCUGUGGUUAGAUGCUAGGUCUGCUACUCACCAAAAAAGAUUUUUAAUGAACAUCAAUCAUUGUAUGCAAAUAUACAAAGUCCUGAAUCCACCACAAUGUACAUAGAUGAAAAUGAAGAAUGAAAACACAACUAUAAUAUUUUUUUAAAUAUUUUUUUUUAUUUUUUGCGUAAUGUAAAGUUUUAAAAAAACCUACAAAAAAUCCCUCAGUCUAUCCCUUUGAUUCCCUGAAAUCAUUCUAUACUAGAAAGAAGCAAAUGUGUCCUUUCGCUCUUUGGGGGCCCUGAGUAUUUCAGAGUUUUUCCGUCAGGAGUCUGCGUCUCUGAUGUGAGAGUCGCUCCUGCCGAAAGAGCCGCGUUCCCAUGGACUGAGAGUGGAGGAGGGGGAAGGUCUUUCUUUUAGAAAUAUUUAACACUACAAGCAUAAGAGUAUCAAGCUACUUACAGAUCACUGAGCCAAGAUCCUGGUGGGGAGUGAGCCCCCAGGCGAUAGCAAUAUAUGUAUGUAUGUAUAUGUAUAUAUAUAUAUAUAUAUAUAUAUAGAGGUAUAUGUAUAUAUAUGUAUAUGUCUAUGUAUAUCUCCAGCUAAGAGAAAGGGUCUGGGCACCCAAGUCCCAGUUAUCUGAGAGCUUUACGGGUGAGAAGACACCCCGUGUUGGUUUUGUCUUUUUCUCUCUCAGAAUCUCCUUUAAGCCUAUUAACACAAUGAAGCCUUUCUUUAAAUAUUUGUCAUUCUAAUCAUGUUUAUGGCUGAGGCCACCUUGCAUACUCGCAGUCUAUGUGAAUUUGGCAUAUGUUGCACAUCUUUGAAACGAGACACAAAUGAACUACCCUAAAAGAAAUUACUUGUAGUAGAUUAUCUUUUUCUAAUAUUGAUGGGUUUUCCUCCCUGGGCUUUGAAAUAAGGAUUCAUGAAAUAUGUCCCUCCAUAGGAAGGAUCCACUUGGCCACUAGAAAAAUGAUUUUCACACCCCCUCUUCCCCAUUGUCCGUGGGACUGCUUUGAAAAUGGAGGCGUGAACCUAGUUCUGUACAAGUGAAAGGCUAUUUGAAGUGCUUUUGUACUUUGUGAAAGAUUGAAAGUUGAGCUCUCUGUAUAGGAGAGAUACAGGCCAUAAACCACAGAAAGAUGGUGUCCGUGUAGAGCACCCCGUGCCCCGCAAAGAGAACCCAGCUCCUAUUUCGCCAAAAGACUUUUCUGAAGAAAUUGUUUGAGUCACUUUUUACUAAAGAAUUUAUAGGUAGUAUUUUCAGAGCAAGAAUAUGAAGUAACUAACAGGCUUAAGCAGGGGCAUCUUCUCUGAAGGGACCUGUGUGCUGGAAUUCAGAAAUGGCCGUAGUCAGGCUGAAAUUCCAGAGAUCUUCAGGUAUCUUGGUCCAGCUGCGUGUUAACAUCUGUAGCCCACCAAUCAAGUACGGUGUACCAUGUUGAUAAAGGCAUUGCACUAGUGCGUCUAUCAAUAUGUGUGUGUGUGUGUGUAUAUAUUUAUAUACACACAUAUAUAUAUGUAUGUAAAAGAAGAUUUGUGUCUUCUGAUAUUUAAUUUCCUAAUACGGUUUUUAAAGUCAGGGGUGCCUUUGUGCAAGAGCUAUCGAAAAUAAUCUCAUUAAGGUUCUUGAUUUGGUUUUUUGUUGUUGCUGUUCUCUUUUGUCGCUAAGACUAUACAUUAUUGAACAUAGAGAAAAAUCCUCCCUGCCAACUUAUGUGUUCUAUUACCUUGGGGAAAAAAUGUAUAAUUAAAACACAGCACUGAGGAAUAAUCUGGUAUUUGGGUGUUCUGAAUAGUUGCUGAAGUAAUUGUGCCAUUGACCAAAAAAUGCACUUGGUUAGCCUUAAUUUUCUUUUGAAAGAAUAUUAAAGUUUUAAAAAUAUUUCAGUUGGUUUGUUCUCAAGCUUGUGCUGCUGGUGUUGCUAUGAUUAAACAGUUCAUUUUAAGUGCUGCCAGAAUGUGUACCAACUUUUUUUAAAAGUUAACUAUUUAAAUUUCACAAUCUAAAAGUUAAUUUUGUGCAAUAUUUUCAUUUAACGCAUGUGAAUUUGAAUAAUUGUAAAAUAAAUGAAUUUUUAAUGUUUGAGACAUAGGUUCAACUGUCUUCUUAACCCAACAACUUGCAUUUUGUUGUUGCUGCAUCUGUUUAUUUGAAGACUUGUUUUAAAAGUCUUAUAUGUCAUACUCCUUGUAAAAUUCUCUUGUCAUUGGUGAAUUUCGCUUGGGGGAGAGUGGCCCCGUGUUCCAAGGGCAGACUCUACCAAGCACAUCUUAGGGACAGAGCUGGUAAAGAGGCCUUGUGCAUAUCACUGUACAGUCAAAUGUCAACUGUGUGCCUAAUUGUCCUAUCAAUACUUUCUCCCCUUCAGCAAAGAACAAACUUCAAUCAAAAUGUCAGUCACUUAUUGAAGUGGAAAAAAAAGACUACAUUUUUAUUUGGGGUUUGCAUUAUGUUCUGUCCAUUAGGAAAGCUGAAAAAUAUUACACUAAUAAAGUAUUAACAAACGUU